ACAUAGGAUUUACAUAGCUUAUCAUGAAAUAAAUGCUAGCAAAAUUAUACAAAGCUUUAGCAUAAUUAUAUGAUGAUAGUCACGAUCGAGAGAUAUACUUCGAUAUUAAAAUGUGAACGGAGGCGUUACUAAUCCUAAGUAUCCUAAACUAUAUAUGUCUGUCCCUGAACCUGUCAGAACGCCUUCUGCCGCUAUUGCGGAGUGUAUAUAAGAUAGACGGAGUGCUAUCUCAAUGUUAGAUGACCACUGCAUUCGACGACAGCAACUGACAGAAUCGUACUCUAAGCGCUUAGGAGUUGCUUCCCCAGAAGCAAUUGUUACACGCAAUUUAUAACGACGAUCUCGCGAUCGAAAAGUUUCUGACAGUUAUUUCGAUAUCCUUAUUACCGAACGAAGAAGUGCAAUAAAGUUCGCGAAUUUUAAAAUCAUUCAUCAUGGAGAAAUUACGUGCAAAUCUGGUCGAUGUGAUGCGUAUCGACAGCGACAAGACUACCACUACUACUUUCGUGAAAGAAGCACCGAAGAUUACGAAAUAUUCGUUGGCCGAUUCGGCUGACGGAUUGGACAGUGGUAUGGACUAUCACGUCGAGAAAAUUACCAAGGAUAACAAAUUAAAAGUGCUAAAAUUCCUAAGAAGGUUCUUCUUCAGAGAUGAACCACUCAAUCACAGUAUUCAACUGAUCCCAGAGGGCGAGGAUAGUACUUGUACAGAACUGGAGGAUUAUUGCAGCCAUUCAUCGUUCGAAAAUAACUUGAGCCUAAUGGCGGUUACUGCGAAUGGUACAAUUAUCGGUGUAGUGCUCAAUGGUAAAGCAGAUCCUCCAUCGGCCGAAGAGCCAGAAGACAUAGAAUCGUGCAAAAACGCAAAAUUUAAGAAGAUACUGAGAUUAUUGUAUUAUAUAGACAAAAAUGUGAACGUGGAUGGACGAUUUCGAGAUUUAAAUGUUUUGGAGGUCAAAAUAAUUUCAGUAGAUACAAAUUGGAGAGGAAAAGGCGUUGGAAAGGUUCUCAUAGAAAAAACGAUAGAAAUUGCGAAGGAGGAAGGAUUUCAUUACGCUAGGGCGGAUUGCUCGUCUUUUUUCUCCGGUAAACUUUGCGCGCGAAUUGGCUUCGAAGCGAUAUACAAACUCAAGUAUAACGACUAUGUGGACGAGGAAGGAAAGCCAAUCUUUUCACCUGCCUUGCCUCACACAGCAGUCGUUAGUUAUAUAAAGAAAUUGUGAAGAGCAAAAAAAAAUAUGUUAAAAGUUGACAUUAGAAUUAAAAAAUUGGUCUUUGGAAUCGAUAAGAAAAAAAGGUUCAGUUUCAUAAGAAAAUAUUUAAGAUAUAUAAGAUUAGACAUAAUAAAUAUUUGUUUUGUGUUUCAUCUUUCCUUCAUAUCAUUAAAAAUGCAAUCAUAAGUAAAAAAAUAAAAUUUUAUAAGAAUUGUUUCAAACAUAAUAGAUUAAUAGAUUGAAAGCAAUAUUCUAUAUAUUUAAUAUAUUAUAUGACACUUUCAAUUAUUUUUUGGAGUAAACAAGUCUGACAAAAAAAACUAGUUUUAUCCUUUUUCCAAAGUCACAUCAAUAGAAAUUUAUGUUUAUAUUUCUUUUUAAUAGGAAAGAAAAGGAUGUUGAGAAAGAGUGUGUGCAGAAAUAAUACUAAUGCAUAAUAACUGACACUUUUAAUUCAGUUUUUGAUAUAAUUUAUGCUAAAAUUAACUAUUGCUUUUACCUAGGUACUCAUUAAGAUCCUCUGCAGAGUUAAUAUUCUCUACGAUAUAUUGAUUAUCAUUGGAUUUUUUAUGCGCGACGUACCUAGUUUGUUGAUAUUCAUUUUCUAAUUUAUCACUUCGAAAAAUCACAAUCCUUCUCAUUCUGAUAGAAUAAAACAUAAAAUAAACUUGUACCAACCCUAACCCAAGGAAAAGAAAAGCCAUUAGACGACCAAAGGAUGCAUCUGGCUUUUGUUGAGGCGGUGGCCAUGGUCCUCCCGCUGAACGUACCUCAUAUUCCCAUUGACUUCCAUAUUGUCUGCAAUAAUACAUUUCAUUUUUCAGUCAUAUUAUAAUUUUUAUACCUACAAAUAAUUAUAAUUGUAAAAUCAACUGUACAAAUAAAUUUCUUGGUAUUCUUUUUGGAAAAA